GGAAUCCCCGGAUGCCGAGGUGGGCUGCCCGGAGGUGGAUGAGGACGGGUUCACCGUGCGCCCCGACGUCGCCCACACCGAGGCGGAGAACCACGUCUGCUCCUCCAGCGACUCCGACUACGACGAGGACGAGCCCCGCAAGUUUUACGUCCACAUCAAACCCGUGCAGCCCCGGGAGGCGGACGGCAGCGCCGAGGCCACCAUGGAGCAGCUCAAGGCCACCGUGGGCAACCUCAUCCUGCCCCCCAGCAUCGGGCUGUCGCGGGGUCCCAGCCCCGUGGUGCUGGGCUCGCAGGACGCGCUCCCCGUGGCCACCGCCUUCACCGAAUACGUCCACGCGUACUUCAAGGGGCGUGACGCCGACAGCUGCCUGGUGAAGGUGACGGGGGAGCUCACCAUGUCCUUCCCCGCCGGCAUCGUCCGUGUCUUCAGCGGGAGCAUGGCCCCCCCCGUGCUCAGCUUCCGCCUGCUCAACGCCGGCGCCAUCGAGCAGUUCCUGCCCAACGCCGAGCUGCUCUACAGCGACCCCUCCCAGAGCGACCCCAGCACCAAGGAUUUUUGGCUGAACAUGGCAGCGCUGACCGGGCACCUGCAGAAGCAAGCAGAGCAGAGUCCGGCCGCCUCCUACUACAACGUGGCUCUGCUCAAGUACCAGAGCACAUCCCUGCGGUCCCACAGGCUGGAGCUUUUCCUCCCGCCUCGGGUUCCAUCCAUCACUGCCCCAUGCGUGGCCAACGCCUCGGUGGUCAACAUUCCUGACUUCGCCAGACUGCCCCACCACGUGCAGGACUUCAUGCGGUACCAGCACUGCCGGUCAUUCCCAGCACUGCUCAACCUCCCCAGCAAGUGCGGGGAGCCCGAGGGGUCCUCCAACGUCUUCCUCCUCUUGGCCAUCAAGUCAUCACCAGUGAGCUACGAGUGGUGGGAGGUGAUCCGCAAGACCUGGGGGCAGGAGAAGUCCUUCAAAGGAGCCUUCAUCCGCCAGGUCUUCCUCGUGGGGGUGUCCCCUGCUGCCCAGGAUGCCAAGAAGCUCAACCAGCUGCUGCGGCUGGAGCACCUGGAGCACGGGGACGUGCUGCAGUGGGACUUCAAGGACACCUUCUUCAACCUGACGCUGAAGCAGGCGCUCUUCCACGCCUGGCUGGAGGAGCACUGCCCCGGCGUCCGCUUCAUCUUCAAUGGGGACGAUGUCUUUGUCAACAUGGACAAUGUCAUCCGCUUUGUGAUGACCACCCAGGAGCAGCACCUCAUGGUGCGGCACCUCUUCAUUGACAACAGACCUGUCCGGUUCCAGCAGAGCAAGUACUUCGUGCCCACGCAGCUCCUGGCUGCCAACCGCUACCCACCCUGCUGCGGUGGCGGCGGGAUGCUCAUGUCCGGCUUCACCGCCCGCGUCACCUCCCGGGAAUCGCAGGGCAUCAGGCUCUUCCCCAUUGACGACAUCUACCUGGGCAUGUGCUUGGAGAAGGUAGGGCUCCUGCCCGCUUCCCAUGCCGGCAUCUGAACUACGGGCGUGGGGGGGCCGGCCAACACCGACCCCUUCGGUCCUUGCUACUACCAGGAGCUGCUGCUGGUGCCCCGCUUCGUGCCCUGUGAGAUCGCGGUGAUGUGGCAGGCCAUCCACGAGCCCCAGCUCGCCUCGAGCCUGGGGGCCAGCUCCACAAAGGCGGGUCUGGUGCUGGGGGCGAAAGCCCAGCAGCUCGUCAUCAGCGUGUAG